AGUCAACAUCACGUGGAUCAGCUCGGUUCAGAACAAACUCCGCUGGAAUUAAUAGCUUCAAAAUUCCCAGGUACGUUUGGAAAAACGUAAAUCAGAUCAGUGCGUCUCAUCUUGAUAAUGAUAUUACAAAAUAAAAAAUGUCCCGUGAUCCAGUUUCAGAAGUGAACUGAAGGAGGUUAAACAGGGUUAGUGUCACGCCAAUGAUUGCUUGUACACCCCAUAUAAACCUUGAGCUGUAAGUCAUUCAACUUUCUCUUAAAGGACACCACUAUGAAUCGUACAGGUAGUGUUGUUCCUUGCUGUUCUCCGGUCAUUUUCUCUGUACAGCAGAACCUAUUUAAGACGAACUCUAAAUGCCAGCCCCACCCUUGUCCACCUGAAAUAAGUGUAUAGAUAGAUCUGUUGUUGUCUUUGAAAUUGCGUUUCAACUCAAAGAAACCUUGUGUGGGCACGGUAAAUGCUGUAUUGUAUUGUAUUGCCUCUCUUGCCAAUAUGAAAUUUUUAAAAAUAUGUAUUUAACCGCAGGACAGCACGAGGAGGAAUAUCGGCGCCAGCUGGGCAGAUAUGGAGUAAUAAAUGACUUGGCUCUUAGACCUGUAAGGAGUUUAUCAGGUGGUCAGAAAAGUCGAGUGGUUAUGGCUUUGAUGAGUAUGAUAAGGUACACUGACUCCAGGGAUACUUCUUAAAGUACUAAAUAGAACGAGAACGUUCACGUGGUUGUAAAUUUAGCUAUUGCUUUGGUAUAUCAAUGUUACUGGGUAGAUAUGUAGACUUCUGUUGAAGACAAAGGUAGUACCUUUAGUUCUCAGUUACUGUAAGACGCUGAGUAUUGGUCCCGUCCCAGGACUCGAACCCGUGACUCCCGCUCUGCAGUCAAUCGCUCUAAUGACUGAGUUAGUCUUGCUGCGGUAAAAACCUCAAAACAGGUUUUAUUGUUUUUUUCCUUGUUAUAAAACUAUUAUUAUCUAUUUAUUUUUUGCUUGAUUCAUUCCCAUUCUUGGUUCUUAUCUGAGAUAUUUGUUAUUUUAUUUUCUUAGGCCUCAUUUUCUCAUCCUUGAUGAACCGACAAAUCAUUUAGAUGUAGAGACAAUAGAAGCUCUUGGAAUCGCUUUAAACAAUUAUAAGGUAAUUAUUGUUAUUGCACAGGGAUCAUGAAUCAAGGAGGCUCCCGUGUACGUCCCUCCGUGUACCCCAGAUAUCAGACUUCUCCAUUAUCGAUACAAACCUUGUAUAAUUAUAGGUGCACCAAUUGAGUCAAAUCAUAGAUUUCGCCUUGUCGUGGCUGUCGUUAUUAUUAUUUUUUUCUACCUAUAACGCCUUUCUUUUCUGUGACAGAUAUUAGAGAUUAUGGGCUCGUUUAUCGUUUAUUUCACGAUAAUCACUUUUUUUAUUGCCGGAUCGCAACGUUUCGACAGCGUACUGCUGGUGUUUGUUACUGAGCAGGACUAAUAGCAACAUUAUAUUAGAGACUGUCUAAAUUGUGAUAUCUGAGGCGUCGAGUAAGAGGUUGAAAAAGGUGUCACCACUUUUCAUUGUUUUGUAGGGUGGAGUUAUUAUGGUAACACACGAUGAACGACUUGUAAGAAGCGUGUGUAAAGAAGUUUGGAUGUGUUCUAAUGGCUCAGUCAUAAGACAGGAUGGCGGAUUCGAUCAAUACAGAAAAUUACUGGAAGAUCAGAUCAGAGAAUUGUGA